GGCGCAGUGUAUACGGUACGUCUGCUUUGCAUCCCCCUCCGCGUUUCCUGGUAAUAUGUUGCAGCAACGCGCAAAAACAAGGGAACAAACAGGCAGGAUCUCCGAGUCGCCAGAUCCACUAGACGCUGUCUUGGAACACAGGCAGGAGCCUCCCACGCACGACGUUGAAUUCUGGUUCGAAGAUGGCACGGUAGUCUUGCGUGCAGGCACUGUGGCAUUUCAUCGAUGGGUGUCCCGUCUUCCACCUAUCAAAUGACCCCGAUGAUGUCCGUAUCUUCCUACGAGCUUUGAUUUCUCCCUGGAGGUUCUACCGACCGGACCAGGUUGUCG